AUGUGUUGCAACUACCUUGGAAACUACUAUGGUAGCUAUGGCUGUGGCCUUGGCUAUGGCUGUGGCCUUGGCUAUGGCUCCCGCUAUGGCUGUGGCUACGGUUCCGGAUAUGGCUGUGGCUAUGGCUCCCGCUAUGGCUGUGGAUACGGUUCUGGAUAUGGCUCCCUCUAUGGCUGUGGCUACGGUUCCGGAUAUGGCUGUGGCUAUGGCUCUGGAUAUGGCUGUGGCUAUGGUUCCAGAUAUGGCUGUGGCUAUGGUUCUGGAUAUGGCUGCGGCUAUGGUUCCGGAUGUGGGGCUUCCUGGUGUAGCUACCGACCAAUUGUUUACAGGAGUUGCUAUUCUUCCUGUUGCUAA